AUGGACAAAAAGCCAGACGUUGCAAUGCGCCGAUGGCAUGAUUAUGAUUGGGAGGCAGUCUUGGCAGGUCAAAAGGUGGCGCAGAGAUACUUUGUCCGAAGUGGUUUAGUCCGCAAGGAUCGCCUUUGUUCCUUUGUGCCCUCGGGAUUUCAUCCAGCUACGGUGGUGGUGCGCAAUUUCACUGAGCUACUGCAAGGGCUUGCGCAACUGGGGAGUUCUCAGCUGGAAGUUGCAUCAAAGAAAGCUGUUGUGAAGUAUGUCCUGAAGAAGGCGCAGUCGUCCAAUGCCCACGGCAUCCGCUUCCUUACCGAUGCCGAAGCAGCCCAGCUGCUGCAGAUCCACGAGCGAAGGCGGCGGGCCAACUGGUCCUUCGUCUGGAUCCUGGUCGCCGCACCGGCGCUGGCGAGCCGCUGGCGCCGCUGGACGCGGAGUGUCGCCAUCCUGGCACCGAUGCUGGCGGCCACUGCUUGGAGAUUCAGUUCGAAAUGCUGUUGGCCAGUUGAGUGGGCCAAGCAUGAGCUGGCUAGUCCAGAAAGCUCAGCCUUGUAUGUGCUGCAAAGGAACGUCCAGCCCUGGCUCCACUCUGGCCGGAAGUUUCACCUGCGAGUGCUGCUACUUUGUGUGGGAGAUCUGACAGCUUACGUCAAUAGAGAUGUCCGCGUUCUACUGGCUUCUGGUCGCUACACCGAUGGAUGUGGUGAUAGUGACCGGCUGGAUGUACAUGUCACCAACAUGGGCGUGAACAAGGCUGUUUCAGACUAUUCUGAGACAGAGCAGAACAUUGCACUACAAGAGCUUGGAGAAGAGCUUGCCACAAAGAUCUUUGGCGAGCUUUCAGAUGUCUUGGCAAAGACCCUCACUGCGCUUCAAGCUGCGGGACGUCGCCAUUUCUUCACCUUACCCAACUGCUGGGAGCUCUUUGGUGCGGAUUUUCUGGUGGAAGCUGGAACCGCACGGGCUAUGCUGCUGGAGAUCAAUCCAUCACCAUCCCUGGCGAUGUAUUCAGCAGAUCUGCAGACCUUGCUGGGUGGGGACCCCAUGAGCUCCAAGCUGCCUCCAGCUUGGCUGGAGCUGCACAUGGAAGCAGAGAGACUUCUGGCCUAUUGCUUUUGCAAAGGAGGCCUUACGCCGUAUGCUGUGGAUGCGUCUGGAUUCGAUGUCAAGGACACAUGGAAGCUGGUGAUGGUAGACUCCAGUGCAACUGAUCUUGCAUGCCUCUCAGCUCAGGGCCCCGCGGCGCGCCGCGCCCUGCUCUGCGCCGCGCGGCUCCGCUCGCGAUCCUUUGCCGCGCCGAGCUGGGCGACAGUUGACCCUGAGACCAUGUCUGCGGGGAAGCCAGCAGAGGGUAUGAACCUUUGUGGCGGUUCCUGGACCACGUCGAAAUAUUCCCAGGAGAUAGUGGAGCCAAUGAAUGGAGAUGCAUUCUUGAAGGUGCCCAACACCGGUUUCGACGAAAUCGAGGCAUUUGUACAGCGCAUGGCUUCCGUGCCGCGCUCGGGACUUCACAACCCUUUCAAGAAUCCUGAGAGGUACGUCAUGCUUGGAGAAGUCUGUGGUGCUGCUGCACGAGAGAUGUUCAAGCCGGAGGUCUCGGACUUCUUCUGUCGGCUCAUCCAAAGGGUGGCGCCGAAGAGCUAUGCCCAAGCUGGGGGUGAGAUCAAGGCAGUGAGAACUUGGCUUCAAGACUAUAGUGGCAACAGCGUAAGAAUGCUGGCAGAAUCCACUGGACUGCCCGGCGAUCAUGUGGGCCAAACCACUGUGGGCUACAGAAUGCCGUUCGGUGGGGUCAGUGUCAUUACGCCCUUCAACUUCCCUCUGGAGAUUUGCAGUUUGCAGACGCUCUCCGCGGUCUUUAUGGGAAACCAGUGCACCACGAAGGUGGACUGGAAGGUGGCCAUUGUCAUGGAGCAGUUCUUGCGGAUGUUGCACGCCUGUGGCUUGCCCAAGACUGAUGUAGACUAUAUCUAUUGUGACGGCCCUGUUAUGAACGAAAUUCUGUUGCGUGGAGAUGCCAAGAUGACCCUCUUCACAGGAUCGCAGCGAGUGGCUGACAAGUUGGCGGUGGAUCUGAAGGGCAAGGUGAAGCUGGAAGAUGCUGGUUUUGACUGGAAGAUUUUGGGACCAGAUGUGAUGGAUGUGGACUAUGUGGCCUGGCAGGCAGACCAUGAUGCCUAUGGCUUUUCUGGGCAGAAGUGCAGCGCGCAGUCAAUGCUCUUCAUGCACGAGAACUGGACCAAGCCGGAGGUGGAUAUCGUGGGGCGCUUGGCCACCUUAGCAGGGCAACGCAGCCUGGAAAACUUGACCAACUGCCCAGUACUGACGUGGCCCACAGAGAAGUUCUUGGAGCAUAUGAACAGAUGCUUGAGCAUCCCUGGCGCGAAGCUGGCCUUCGGUGGCAAGCCACUGACUGGACACCAGAUCCCUCCACAGUACGGGGCAGUGGAACCAACGGCGGUGCGGCUUCCGAUCGAGGCCUUAGAGGAUCCGCCCAGCUUCGAAGUGGCCACCGUGGAACUCUUUGGACCGUUCCAGGUUUUAGUGGACUACAAGGAUGGACAGCAAGGAAAAGUCAUCGAGGCAAUCAACCGGAUGCCGAACCACCUCACCGCUGGAAUUGUUUCCAACAAUCCCAUCUUCAUCAAUGAGGUGCUGGGCAACUCCAUCACUGGCACCACCUAUGCUGGAGCGCGUGCGCGCACCACUGGCGCUCCUGUGCAGCACUGGUUUGGCCCCAGCGGUGAUGUACGAGCUGGAGGCAUCCAUACGAAGCAUGCCAUUCAGCUGUGUUGGUCCUCACACCGCGAGGUUGUGUAUGACUUUGGGCCUGUCACCAACAUCCCCCAGCAGAGCUGA